AUGGGGGACCGGGAGCAAAAUCUAAUUCGCCCUUCUUGCGCCUCUCCGUCUGGAGACGCAGCUGCUUCAGCUCGCCACAGUCGCUGCCCUACGAAGGAAACCGAACGGAGCUUCCCCAAUCCCCUUCAAUGGAGUCCGAGUCCAAGUCCAAGGGGCCGAGCGCGCGCCACAAGGAGAAGAAGCUGAAACGCAAAGAGGUUCUGGAGAAGAAGAAGGCGGUGGACGAGCUGGUGAGGGCGGCUUCCUCCGAGACCGACCACCUCGCUUCCUUCCAGGCCUUCCGCCAUUACAACCGCAACGGUGUCUCCGUUUGUCUGGAUUCGGGGAGUGGAGAUAGGUUGUCUUCUUCCGUCAAGCAGUAUGUCUGCAACCUGGUUAAGGCCAACAUGGAGGGCCCUUUUGGAGCCGAGUGGCCUGCGGAGGAGAAGGUGAAGCGCCGGGAAAUGGUCGCUCCCGAAGCACGCUAUAUAUUCGUUCACGAUGUUGCCAGUGCCGGUGCUGACGGGAUGCCGUCGGCGGUCGAGGCGAAAGGAGAAGUCGUUGAGAGUGUGUCGGAGAUCAUGAGCAUUGUCGGGUUUGUUCACUUCCGGUUUCUUGUGGAGGAAGAAAUACCCGUCCUCUAUGUGUACGAGAUACAGCUCGAGCCUCGUGUCCAAGGGAAGGGGCUGGGUAAAUUCUUGAUGCAGUUGAUCGAGCUUAUUGCUAGAAAGAAUCACAUGGGUGCUGUGGUACUUACUGUACAGAAAACAAAUUUGUCAGCUAUGAAGUUCUAUACUAGUAAGCUGAGAUACAUUAUAUCAUCUAUUUCACCAUCAAGAGUCAAUCCGUUGCUGGGCAGUGAGGCAAGCUAUGAAAUUCUUUGCAAAGCAUUUGAAGCUGAAGCCAAAGCUGUGUUAGAGGAAGGUGAUUGAAGUGACUAACAAUGACUGUUGAGCCACCCUCUUAUUUAGAUCAAUUCAGGCCAGUGCUGCUGAAGCGAAAUAAAGGGCAUUAGUAUUUUCUGGCACUGAGGAUAUUGCAAGUUCUUGCUGAAAUUCUGGUGGAUAUCUUUACCAUGAAGCACAUUUGAAAGGUUGAGGCCCGUGUUGUAUUCCUGCUCCACAUUGAGGCUAUUAAGUGAUGAGGGACAUGGUUCUUCUGAUUUCUGACUGAAUUCGCUCAUGCCCGCACAAUGCUAAAUCUUUCAAGAUCUGUUACAGAUGCCAUAAAUCUUAUGUAUCCAGCCAGGUGAAGGGAACCAUGUCCGAAUUGUCCUGGAUACAGUUUAUUGAUGUUUCCUGUGGCAUAUUUUAAAUUUAAUGUAACAAAAAGAACCCUGAAAAUGGUGCUUUUAUCAUUUGUUGCCUGAUUUAGUCUAGAAACUCUUUUGAAAAUUGUCUAUUUGUCCUCCUUGUAUACUUAGAAUGCAAUCUUCUUGUACUCUAUCGGUGUAUUCCUAAAAUUUUAAUAAUGAUUUUUUUUUCAUCAGGUUUCUA